AUGCAGAUCCGGGGAUUAUCCGACGCUCACCCCUCUCUGUUGAUGCAGGCGUUCAUGACAGGACUACGACCUUCCCGAUUCUUCGGGUCCCUCGUUGAGAGACCCCCCUCCGCGGUACCGGAGAUGCUUCAGCGGGCCAACCAGUUCAUCGCGGCUGAGGCUUGGAUGGCCAGAAAGCAGGAAAAGCACAUGAGGGCGCAGGCUGGACUAAUCCGACCUACCCGCUCCGAGGCCUCCCCUGCCCCCCUUAGGCGCAUCUCGAAGGGAGAUUUUUCUCCAGAUAAAGGAGAGAGGGUUACUCAGGGCUCCCGUUCCGAUGAAAAACCUGCGAGAGCUCGCCGACCAGUCCAAGCAUUGCCGCUUUCCAAGCAAAACGGGCAUGACACCGAAGACUGCCGUGAACUGAAACGGCAGAUCGAGGAGCUCGUCCGCGGGGGACACCUCAGUCGGUACAUCCGACAUAACGAGGAGCCCUCACCUCUCCCCGAGGGCCCCAUGGAGCACCACAUCGAUGUCAUCACCGGAGGACCGGCAGUUGGGGGAACCAGUAUGUCGGGGAGAAAGGCAUACGCCCGUUCCGCCAGGAUCGAUGCUCCCCAACGUGGUCCCGACCCCAAGGUCGCAUUCCCUCCCGAGGACGUCAAGCCACCGGAGCACGACGAUGCGCUUGUGAUAAUGGCUCGAAUCGCUAACGCCCAGGUGAGGAGAAUCAUGAUCGACACCGGGAGCUCAGCCAACGUGCUCUAUCUGGACGCCUUCCAGAAGUUGGGGCUAACCAAAGAAUCCCUAAAGCCUAUCUGCUCGGCGCUCACGGGGUUCACCGGCGAUUCUGUCUCGCCAUUGGGGACUGUUACCUUGCCUCUCACCUUGGGAGCAUCGCCCCGAACAAAGAUGGUGAUGUCCACCUUCUUGGUGGUAGAUCUUCCUGCUACCUACAACGCCAUCCUCGGCCGCCCCACCCUUAACAAAAUCAGAGCUGUAGUCUCCACCUAUCAUCAAACGGUGAAGUUUCCUACCCCCCCCCCGGGACAAGCGAAGUUUGGGGAAGCCCCCAAGAGUCCAGACGAUGCUACUUGA